AUGAACUUUGAAUUCAGAACCUGGUGUGCUGUCUUUGCUUGCGCAGGUGUCGCCAGCCAUUUGCUUUACUUUAUCCGCGGCGAUCACAAUGCCUAUGCCCAUCGGUGGAUUCUCCGCAGCCUUACGGGGGUCGGUUUACUGAGUGGUGCCGUCUUCUAUCGGAUGGGCCUCAAGGCCAUCCCCACGGCUGUUAUAUCGACACUGUUGGCAGUGUGUUACUUCACGGGACUCUUUGGCAGCAUAUCGCUGUAUCGCCUGUUUUUCCACCCAUUGGGCCACUUUCCCGGGCCUUUUUGGGCUCGGUUAUCCAAUCUGACCCAUGUAUACAUGAUACGGGGAUCGGAUAACUAUCUUCUCAUGCAGCAGUUGCAUAAGAAGUAUGGGCCGAUUGUAAGGACAGGGCCGAGCAAUCUCUCGAUAAACGAUCCCGACGCCAUUCGGCCCGUUUUGAGUAACGCGUCAAAGUGUACGAAAAGUCCUUGGUAUUCGCGAUCUUUGCCACUGGUCAGUCUGCACACGGUGCGCGACAAGAAAGCGCAUGAUGCGCGACGAAAGGUCUUUUCCAUGGCUUUCUCCCCCACUGCGCUCAAUGACUACGAAAAACGGGUAGUUGUGCACUGUGAAGAGUUUGUCAGACAAAUGGAGCACGAGGCCGGGAAGCCGUUCAAUGCGUCUGAUUGGUUCAAGUACUUUGCAUUUGAUGUCAUGGGCGAUGUGGGACUGGGCAAAGAGUUCCACAUGAUGACCUCGGAGCAAAACCGGUGGAUCCCACCUUUGCUCGAGGCCGGCAUGGCGGACGUCGGCACGACAACACCGGUUCCCUGGCUAGGUUCUAUUCUUAUGAGACUCCCAAAGGCUGGCCAGCAUGCCAAGGCGUGGCUGGAUUUUGUCGGAUCGCAGGUCAAGGAGCGCGUAGAGAAACAGGUGGAAAGAGCAGAUGUUCUCACGCAUCUCGUGGAUGCCUACUCUAAAAGCGCAAAGAGAGACAUUGACUAUCAAUGGCUGCGGGGAGAUACCAGACUGACCAUUGUCGGGGGAUCCGACACCACGGCCGCCACACUGACUUUUCUCUUUUGCCAUCUGGCCAUGGACCCAACCCAAAUAGAAAAGCUGAGAGCGGAACUGGAGCCUUUGCUUAAGGGAAGGAGCAGUCUCGAAACAAAGGAUGUUUCCAAGGCGCGACAUCUAGACGGUGUAAUUCAAGAAGCUCUUCGCCUACACCCGGCCAUUCCCUCUGGCUUUCCUAGAGUGACACCCCCAGAAGGAAUCAUGAUCGGUGAUGUAUUCAUUCCUGGAGGCACCACCGUGGUCCUGCCGGUAUACGCUAUACAGCGCGACGAUGCAAACUACGAGCGCCCCGAGGAAUUCAUACCGGAGCGAUGGUAUUCGAAGCCCGAGCUGAUCAAAAACAGCGACGCAUUCUUGACGUGGAACAUCGGUACCAACGGGUGCAUCGGACGAGCAUUGGCCAUGAACGAAAUGAGGAACUUGAUCACCCACUGGAUCCAGAACUUUGAGAACGUCCGGUUUGCCUCUGGGGAGGACGGCAGCUUAAUUCUGCAAGAGACCGUGGACCACUUUACCGUUGGCGUGAAGCCCCUACAACUUAUUUUCGACAAAAAAUGA